AUAGAGGGACACGUGAAGAGCAGCCAGUACAAUCGAAUCAAACAUCGCUGAGCGUGCUGCAGCUCACUGCUCAGCUAACCAGAGGGCUUAUGAAUAUGUGCUACUGAUUUUCCUUGUGUUAUUUCUGCUGGAAGAAGUUCUUUGCCCGGUGGUUGUGGGAAACACUGUGGUUGAGUUCAGUGUGUUGGCAGCUGCCAGAUUUCACUAUGCGGUCUUCGUCUUGGGUUUAGAAAUCACACUCCGUGACAAAGAUGACCCUGCGGUGCCAUGCCAUGCCUGAUAUCUUCUGACUACAAAAUAAAACGUACACAGUAAAAAGUUUCACCCUUCAAAACAUUCCCUCAUUCCCAAAAUGAGUGACGCAAACUACUGGGUUGUGGACUAUGAGCUCUCCUCUCCGGCUCCACCUGGGUUCCCCAGGGGCCCGACAGUGCUGCAGCCCAUGGCAGGGCACCCAGAGCAGGGAACAGCCCUGUGUUUCGUUGGCCUCCUCGUGCUGCUGCUGCUUUUUCUCCUCGUUCGCUGCGUCCGUAUCUUGUUAGACCCCUACAGCAGCAUGCCAGCUUCCUCGUGGACGGACCAUAAGGAGGGGCUGGACAGAGGACAGUUUGAUUAUGCACUGGUGUAAAG